AUGACUCUCAGUUGUCGCUUUGUCGGUGCCAUAUUAUUUGGUAUUGCCAGUGAUCGAUUUGGUCGUAAAUGGCCUCUUAUUGUGAAUAUUAUUCUCUAUGGAACCAUCGGAAUUAGUACGGGUUUCUGUCAAUCGUAUGUGCAAUUCAUUGUUACUCGAGCUCUUUACGGUGUUAGUAUGGGUGGUAUCUACGGUAAUUGUGCAUCGACUGCACUUGAAAACGCACCCAUUCCUACACGUGGACUUCUAUCAGGAUUGCUGCAACAGGGCUAUGUACUUGGACUUAUUAUGGCUGCUAUCUGGAAUUUUGUGGCUGUGAACAGUCAAUCUUACGGCUGGCGAAUGGCUUUUUGGUACGGAGGUUGUUUUCCGCUACUUGUUGCUCUCUGGCGAAUUUUCUAACCUGAAUCUCAAGCAUUUCUUUGUAUCCAAGAGGAACGCAAAAAAGCUGCGCUCAAAGGUAUAACUGGCUUAAAGAUGAAAAAAAUUAUAGUUUUUUUUUCGGUCCUGAUUUCGAUGUCAGAUUUUUUCAAAACUCCUAGUACAGAGUGUCUCAUCAAUAUCACUAAAAUAAAAAAUUCAAAUAUCUCCAAUCCAGUUCAAUCAAAUGGGCUGA